AUGACAGAAUUUGGAAAGCAGUCUCUUCAAGCCAUACUGCAGGAUUUGAAACCAAGAUCCCAUUUUUCCUAUCGACAACAAAAGAUAUCCAACAAAGAAAGAAAUAGUGGCAUUUUCCUUUAUGGCUUUCCAGGCAAUUCUCCUCAUCCUUUGUUAAUCAUACCUCACCAAAAAGGCUCCAACAUUGCUGCAACAUCAGUUGAUAUAAUCAACCAAACCUGCAAAACAUGCGCCGAUGAGUCUUACACUGUCGACUACAUCUUCUGUUUAACCUCACUUCAAGUAAUCCCGGUCAGCCAUGUUACAAAUCUUCACGGGCUAGCAUUGAUUGCAAUGGAGUUAGCUCUGAGAAAUGCUACCAACACAGUUUCAGGCAUAAAGAAGUCGUUGAAUGGCACAGCUUUUGAUCCUUUUGCGUUGGCUUGCUUAGAGAAUUGCUUGGAACUGUACUCGGGCAGUGUCAGGACAAUUGUGGACUCCAUUGGAGCGUUUGUGUCUGAGCAUUAUGUGAUUGCUAAGGUGUGGUUGAGCACGGUUAUGGAGGCAGUGGCAACGUGUGAGGAAGGGUUUGCAGAGAAGAAAGGUGAAGUGCCACCAUUGACAAAGGAGAAUUAUGAUCUCUUUCAAUUAUGUAACAUUGCAUUAUGCAUCAUCCACUUGCUUACCCCUCCUCUUCCUCCUUAAUUGGUUCUUGAAAGUAUCUGUACUGUUUUCUUCUUUUGCUUAAAAUAUGUGAGUCCAGCUGCUACUCAACACGUGGCAUUCUUUCAUAA